AAUUACGAGAGAACCUAUAUCCGAGAGAAUUUCCUGGAAAAGGUAUCCAGGAAAUAGCGUUGUUUAAUCGAUGUCGGGAAAACCGCUCGCGGCCAAACUUGUUCUCCGAUGGCCGCUCAUACGUCGUCGUUACAAGAACACGAUGUCGCGGAAAGGGGUUAAGUACCUAUCAAGUUGGACGCUGUGCGACGAAAAUAUCGAGAAUGUGGAGCGCGUGAGCUUUACUCCCGCGAUACAACGAGAACUGGGUUGCGCGGUUAACGAACACGUGUUUCUGGAAUAUCCUUGGGCUUACGUGGCGCGAGACACCGUUUUGAGGCUCGCCAAUAAAACGGGCUCGCCGUUGGAAUCGUAUCGAGAAAAGGUCAAUGCUUACGGUGGCGAUAAUUUCCUCGUGGGCUACUCGUCCACUCAACUAAUCGCGUGCGACUUCGUGAUCUGCUUGACGGAGGACGCGAAAUUGACGAUCGAGAAGAGAAAUGCAGAAAUCAAAAGAAGAAUCUGGAACGAUGUAACUGAGAAGAUCAGAAAGACCUGCAAAUCCUGGAAAUCCCUCGGAAGUGAGGCAACGCUGGAGGAUAGCUUAGUCAAAAAGACGAGAGAUCUAUUUGAAGUGGAAAUAUGCUUACCGUUCAAAUUUUUGGCUUUGAGUCGGGAGCUUCACGACAGAACUUCAAAAGAAUCUUGGGACAGCUAUGUGGAGUUGGUUCCCUAUGAGAAAUUCAAGAAUAUCGAGAAGAAAUGUAUUUCCAGAAUGAUUCAAACGCACUUCGAGCCUCGCGAGAUCGAAGUGCAGACUUAUCCCGGGUAUCCCAAGAACGCCUGGACCCAAUAUUUUUACGAGGACACUUUAGGAUCAGAGAACGAUAACGGUGAAGCAGAAAAAGAAGAAUCGAUUGAGGAGAAGUCGGAGUCUGAAGAGAAGAGCAAGACCGAAGGAAGCUCCAAAGAAGAAAUCUCCGAGGCCGACGUGGAGCAAAAGCCGGUGAAAAGCGCCUUGGAGCUCUUCUUGGACGAUCGCGCGCAGGAGAUGAUUGACGCCGUGCGUUACAACACGGUCGUGAAUGUGCACGCGGACGACAUUGAGACGCUCGCGCGGUUGUCAGAGUCCGAAAUAGAUCGGCCGCGGGAUGAGAUCACUUACAAGGAACGAGUGUCUCUUCUCGAUUUGCGCUUCACCGCAAACAAGAUUGUCUCCGACGUUUCGUGGCAUCCAACUCUCGCCGAGUACGUGACUAUUUCUUAUGUUACCGCACCGCCAUUACACGACGAAGAUACCGUAGCUCCAAAAAAAACGGUGCCGACGGUGUUGCUAUGGUCUCUUGCUGAUUCUCUUCGACCUCAACUGUUACUGCGAUGUCAGCAGGAGAUUCGCCGUAUCUCCUUUUGCCCGAUAAACGCCGAUUUUCUAAUUGGCGGUUCCGCGUCGGGUCGAGUAAUCGUUUGGAACAUUUGUGGACAAAUAGAGGAUCAUCAUGUUGAGGAAAACAAUCAGAUAGACGAGCUUGAUUUGUGGACUCGCGACACUAUUCCGGCGAUAUCUGCGUUUAUGGAAUCCGAUCAGUCGCAUGAGAUGACGAUUCGCGGCAUACAAUGGCUUCCCGACAAUUACAGAAUAGAGCCGUCCGGGAAGCUGACGAAACUGUCCACUCGCUCGAGUUGCCAGUUCGUGACGACUUCCGAGGACGGCACCGUCGCAAUUUGGGAUCUUCUCAAGUACUCCGUCACUUCUCAACUGAAACCGAACGAUUGCAAAAAUAUCAAAGACACUUUUCGACCUACGUAUCGCUUGCGACUUUCCGCGGACAUGUUUUUCACGCCUCUUUGUUUGUGUCUUCCCUCGGACAGCGUUUUCCAAGAGAACAGCAAGCGUCGUGAUGAAAUAGAUUCUACGGAGAUGAAUCGCGCGAAGAGAUUGUGGAUCGGCACGGCGCAGGGACACUUUGCCUGCUGCAGCUGGGAGGGCCAGGUGUUUGACGUGGAAACGUCCGACUUAGAGGAGUGUAAGCUACUUAGCUGUUGUUUUGCGCACGACGGUUCCGUUACAGCGAUUCUCCGAUCGCCGCACUUGCCGGAUGUUCUUCUGACAAUCGGCGGUAGCGUGUUUGCCAUUUGGAAAGACGAUUACUUGGAUAGUCCUCUGUUCAGACGAAGAUCCGACUGCGUGUACACCGCGUGUUGCUGGAGCAACCAACCAGGAACCUUUAUGAUCGGCACUUAUAUGGGCGACGUAGAGAUUUGGGAUAUCAAGACGAAGACUAGCAGACCGGUGUUCAAGCGAAUCAUCUCCAUGAAGCCGAUAACUCUCUUGUCACUUCAAGAAUCGUGCAAGCAGGGUUUCAAGCUGAUCGGCGUUGCUGAUUAUAACAGCGCUUUUCACGUACUUGACGAAGCGAAGAACUUCGAGGAUAACGUAGUUGAGAGAAUGGAUUGGUUUGAAGAAUACGUGUGGAGAGAGGUGAGAAGGAAAAAGAUAUUCCACUCGUGGGAAAAAGAUUUCCUCGAGAACGAUCCGACAGCCGUUGUCAGAAGACAAGCGAGAGCUGAAGAAGAGCGUAAACAGAAACUAGAAGCGGCGAGGUUAAAACUUCAGAUGGAACACGAGGAACGAUUGAGAUUAGAGGCUGAAGAGAAGCUGCGCAAGACGCCGAAGUCCAAAGACACCAUAUGGAAGCUAAGGCAGCAAGAGAGAAUGAAGAAAGCUUUUUUAGAGAAAAAGAAGCUUGUACCGCGUGAACUGGAGGAGAAAAGACAACCGUUAGUUUCUUUAGCUGAAGAGAGGAAACUGAAGAUGAUCAAAGCAAAAAAUAAAGUUGCGCUUCAAGAUGAGUAUUUCAGUAAGGCUACAUCUCAGGAAUUUCCGGAAUAUUAUCUUCAGGACGAAGAAGAUAAAAGUUUGUUGGAGAGACCAAAGAUAAAAAUUAACGAAGAAACAGUAGCUGCAUUAUUGACAGAAUUGUCUAAAGUCAGAGAUGAGGCACGGAGAAAAGUAGCAGAGAAAUCAUCAUAUGUUCCAAAAUUCGACUGGAAAUAUUUUGCGAAUAAGAAAAAGAAAAACCUGUGAAGAAUUCGUAAAUACAAAUCCAAGAUUUAAAAGAUAGAAGAAGAUGACUGUGUGUGAGAAUUUUAAUUUUGUCUCGUGAUAAAAUAUUGAUUGUAAAUACGAAUGAUAAGAUAAGAUAGCUUAACAAGUGUUCACAGAAUUUUUUAGAGCAGCAGAUGUGCAUAUUUGUAUAACGCAUAAAUUAUUAGACUUGUAAAUAUAACAGUAUGUAACAAAUUUUAAAACUUACGUUAGGCAAAUCUGAAUAAAACAUUGAAACGCAGAACAAAAAUUAAUAG